AUGGAGAUUCAGUCGUUGCCGCUCAGGAAUGGAAAUUCCAUACAUGUACCCAAGCUCGGUUUCGGAACAGGUACCGCAUGGUACAAGCCCGACGGCAAAGGUCCUUUUGACCAGUCACUCGUUGAUAUCUUAAAGAAGGCAAUUGGCGCAGGCUUCUCUCACAUCGAUCGUGCAGACGCCUACGGGACCAAGGAAGAGCUGGGUGUCGCGAUUCGCGAGUGUGGCGUUCCUCGAGAGCGACUCUUCAUCGUGACCAAGGUCCAGGACAAUGUCUUCAAUAUUCUCCAAGCCAUCGACAACAGCUUAAAGAAGCUACAGCUCUCCGAUGUUGAUAUGUACCUCAUUCAUGCGCCUUUCUUCGCCAAGAACGAUGAAGAUCUCGAGAAAGCGUGGAAAGACAUGGAGCAAGUCAAGGCAUGA